UGGCAGCCACCGCAACGACGGGUUGGAUGUCGUCGGGGUGACAUCACCGUCACCAUUAUCACGAACCGUCGUGCGUUUGAUUACGCCGCCUUUAGAGUUAAGGUGUGCGACAAAGCGCAUAUACUCAAAGAGAAAAAGCAAAAUGCAGCCCACCGGGAAAAACAUAUACUUUCAGAACUAUGUCGCAGACCUCAUCCGCUCGUCAUCGGACUUCACUGCACUUUUCACGAUGAAGCCCGGCUCUACUUCGUUGUUACAUACGCCAAAAAUGGCGAUUUGCUCAAACACAUCCAUAAGGUCGGUAACUUCAACGCUGAGUGCACUCGCUUCUACUCGGGUGAGCUCAUGGCAGCUUUACGGUAUUUGCACCGUGCUGGCGUAGUGCAUCGCGACAUAAAACCUGAAAAUGUGCUUAUGUCUGAACGAAUGCACGUUCUGGUAGCAGAUUUUGGCAGUGCACAGAUCCUUCCAUUGGACACCCCGGCCGAAAAUGAUCAACCUUCUCAUGAAGGUUCGGUUCCCACUACAGAUACGGAUGCAGAAACAUCAACAGCCGCAGCAAGUUCCCCAACGAAAAAGACGACCAGUGGUCCCGAGGCCGUUGGUGCGGAUAAGGUUUCCAGAUUCCGGGUGCGCCCACGACCAGAGGGACCAAAUGGCGGUGAAACACCUCAACGAAGCUCUGUUCGAAGAACUUCAUUUGUUGGGACGGCGCAGUACAUAAGCCCAGAAGUAUUGGUGUCUGGACCCGUAUCGCCAGCAAUGGACAUGUGGGCCCUUGGGUGUGUCAUAUAUCAGAUGGUGUCAGGCUUACCCCCUUUCAGAGGAUUGGCUGCUUAUCACAUAUUUCAACGCAUUAUCAACCUUGAUUACAGUUAUCCAGAGGACUUUGAUGAAGAUGCACGUAGGGUUGUCGAGUCCUUAUUGAAAAUUAUCCCGAAGGAACGUGCCACAAUUAAGGACCUGGAACGUGAUUCUUACUACGCGGGCAUGGAUAUUGACAAGCUGCAUUUACAGGCACCUCCAGAGAUUGUACCGUUCCUAGCAGGCACCUCAGAGGAAAUAGAUUGGGGUAAAGUAGAUGCCCCAGGUCUCGAUGAAAAUCAAAUGAGUCGUUUAUGGGGAUUGCACCUCGGGGAUGGUGCGCACGAGACCGAGCAAAAAGAUAACCCUUCCGCGUCUUCAGACCAGCCUUCAAAGCCGCCGGCAAAUGUUAUUCGGCCGGCUCCUAAAAGCAUCAUGGAUUUCACACAAGAAGAACGCGAACAGCGUCUAGCGGAUCAGCGAUGUCGGAGCAAGUGGCAUAAAUUCGUUGAAGGAAAUUUGAUUCUCAAGGAGGGAUUUGUGGAUAAACGUAAAGGACUUUUUCCAAGAAGACGCAUGCUACUUCUGACAACGGGCCCGCACCUCUACUAUGUUGACCCUGAAAAGAUGGUCCUUAAAGGCCAGAUCCCGUGGUCUUCAACACUUACUCCAGAGCCGAAAAACUUCAAGACCUUUUUUGUCCACACUCCAAAUCGGACCUACAAUCUAGAGGAUCCUGAAGGGUAUGCAUUGCGUUGGUGCAAGGCGAUCAAUGAGGUGUAUGAAGCUACCUAUGGGCCACGUCCCGUGAAUCACCAACAGCAUCGAAAUCCCACCCCAAACGUGACGGGAAACCGAGGACAGCGGUCGUUUUAACACGUCUAGUGAAAAUUAGCAAGCUUGUACCCGGACAUGUACCCGGAGAUGCCUAAACUGUUUCGGAAAGGAGUACAACGCGUUUCACAUUAGUCAUCAACAAAGAGCUAGUUAAAUUAUGAUGCUAUGCUGAGACUGCCACUGAACUUCCAGUUAGUUUGGAAUAGAUAUCCGGUCAACACAUUAACUUGUGACUUAGGAAGUUAUCCGUAAUAAUAAUAAACACAUUGAAGAUAUGCAAAUUUGGCCUACCACAAAGUUUGCCAACUAAAGACUAGCGCUUAGAGAUAAAAAAAAAAAAAUAGCGACGUGAAGCAUGUGAUUAGGGGCAGAUACUUGCGCUGAUCACUCGAAUAAUAGCAAUGGAAAAAUACCUACAUACUUCGAAUGCCACUUCACAACUACCGGAACGUUAAUAAUUCCUCUACUACGAGCAUAUAUGAUUCAUUCGUUGGGCUGGUUAAGUGCAAACUGGGGCAGGAUUUACCGGAUCGCACUCACGAGAAGCGUUACCCUAAAUCUGGUAGAUUAGAUUCGAUGGCAAUAAUUGGUUUGAGCAUGGUGCUCUCUGACUCGGAUGCUUUAUGGGGAAAAAAAAGAAAAAGUGGCAAUGCUCAGUGGGCUUUGUGGGUGGCAAACAUAAAAAAAUGGAGAUCGCACUGCAUCCUAUCAAAGCUACCUAUGCAAAAGUAGGCGCGCUUCGUACCGCAUUAACGCGUCUGAAACCGCCUUUCUUGUGGCAUGGAUGCAGGUCCCCUGAAUAUAUUUGCAGGCCGUUUCAAAUUCUUGAGGUUUAUUAUCUACAGUCAUAUAGAGAGCUCGAAGCACCAACUAGCAGCAUCACGAUGCUUCCAGCAUUGCAUCCAACACAAGGUGUGCGUCAUAUUUGUUGGAACAUUUGCAGACCAUGCCAUUAAAUGACACGUCUCUACUUAGUUAUCCUCUCAGUCCUAGAGUACGAUGCAGCGGAUAAAAUUGGCGCGCACUUGUGCUUAUGAUAACUAUUUGUUGAUUGUACUUUUGUUUGCGAAAUACUGAUCUCUUUAGUACUAUUUAGUUUACUUUUCAAUUGUUUGAGUUCAGUGUAUGAGAAAAAUGACGGAUAUUUGGUACGCUGUUAUUCUGCUGUAGCAGAAAUUUUAUACCCACAAAAUACCGAAUAUAAACGUAGCCAUAUUGGAACAGUGUUUGGGCAACAAUUAAAAAAAAUUGAAUAUCAACUGGUAGACUACCAAAUAGCAGAAAUGAGCUAUGUGAAUCAGUAGCUUUGAUUACUUGAUAUAGAGAUUACAAAAAAAAUCCAUCGAAUUAGGGAGGAGGAUCCGCUCCAUGGGAAAAUUUCUUGGCACCUCUUAGCAUUGUAUCAGUGAGCGUUUCAGUGCAGCUUUGCUAGCAACUCCAGCAAAAAAAAGCAUAAUACUCAAAAAUGCUACUCCAGGUCGAGGAAAUGAUUCUACAAUUAUCUGACGGCGAAAGUACAUUCAAUUGCCUCGUAUCUAAGCCAGAAAGGGUUAUAGAUCAGUGGUAAAACAACUAUUGACAGGAUCUCAUCAUAUGAGCUACCGUAAAUCUAUAGUCUGAAAAGCUAACGCUGUGCAUGCAGUGUGCAUAAUGUGUAUGCAAUGCACACUGAUUUGUCAGUAAAAACAGCAGUGACCUUAAUCACAGCGACCAGCAGCGCAAUAAGUAAAUGUGUAUGUUGACAAAUGGAUAUUGCCCAAACGGCGGACCCAGCGGUCAGUGUCAGCACCAAUGGUAAAGGCCAGACUACCUGCACUCAUGCUAUAAUUGAAACCGAUAAAUGUGUGAUAGAUGAAUAUAGGGUUGCGAUAUGGAGUCGUAAUGGUAGUAGUAGUAGUGGUAGUAGUAGUGGUAGCAAUGAAUUGAGCAAAAUAGUUGCAUGAAGCUGAAAAUGGAGUGGGAAGCAAAAAGAAGUGCGGAAAGUUCAACAUGCACAUAGGGAGUCAUCAAGCGCGAAAUGUAAAUAGAAUGUACACAUUGUAAUGGAACCCAGAAAAAAAACCAAGUGAAAAUACAAUCAGAAACUGCCUUGAGACCCGCCGAAAAAAAAAACAGCCAGGUCCCGAGAUAAUUGACUCACUGUUGCUACUCAGAGUACAGCUUAGAUAUUGGAUAAGCAGGCUUACAUUAGCUAAUAAUAAGACUACUUAAUUUUGCAUACUGGGGAGGGUAAGACGUGGGAGCAGAAGUAAGCGAACUGAAUAACCAUAAACAAGAAUUAUCGAAACAGGAAAAAAAAAAUGAAAUUUUCGUUUUCAUCAGACUUUUUUUUAUCCACAUACAAUGGGCUCCACGCUACGAUUUAGGAAGACAUAAGCCUGCGCACAUUUGAGCAUGACUUCGAUAGGCAAAGGCUAAGGUCCACGCAUAAAGGCUGAAGUGAGCAGGACAUUUGAAUGACAGAUUACACCGAACUACUGUCGGUUCCAUGCUGAUCAAGCAUUCCCUAUGCACUAAGGUUUCUUUUGCUGAACAGCUGGCGAGGAUUUUUUCGCUUGAAGACCAAACAUAAAAAAAAUCACUAAAAAUACGAACGCGCAGUGCGGGGUCUGAUUCGUGUGUAACUCGUAAUGGUGUAAUUCUUCAUUAAUAUUUCAUAAAGCCACGAUUGAACAUCUUCUUCGAAUCAGGGCAUGGGCAAUUGCUUUUGUAGCACAAAGAGCUCGAUCGGAGUCGGCUAGAGAGUAUCGAUUUCAAUAACCUAUAAAAAGACUAAAUAGCACAGUUCCUGCAAAAUUAGUGAAAAAUUAAUAAAUAUUUGCGAAGGAUACAGAUGGAUGAAACGAGUAUAAAACCCAUAGUAAGAAGCACGGUAUGUGAAGUCAUUGUGUGAUUUUCAGUAAGGACAACUGAAGUAUCGGAGUAAGACUAAAGAAAAGGAUGGUAAGCUAUAAAUAACUAAAUACAUGACGAUCAUCGUGAACAAUUGAUUACGGCAAAUGUUUGGCACAUUUAGGUUGGUACCUACCCCAAAAAAUGGCAUG